AUGCUCCAGGAAUACAUGGUCAGCAAAAAGAAUAUCGUUUAUUAUUAUCAUCCUGAGGUCGGGAAUUUCCAUUAUGGUCCGCGUCAUCCUAUGAAACCACACCGGUUGGCUGCUUUGAAUAAUCUUGUUGUACAUUAUGAACUUGACAAGAAAAUGGAAAUGCGUCUUAGUCCAAGGGCGAAUGCCGUUGACAUGAGGCGUUUCCACUCGAAGGAAUACGUGGAUUUUUUGGAGAAGGUUUCUCCGCAAUGUGCUGAGCAGUAUGAAAAUAUGUUUUCUACAUUCAAUAUUGGCGAGGAUUGUCCUAUUUUCGAAGGGAUUUUCGAAUUCUGUUCGAUUUAUACUGGAGGAUCCUUGGAAGGAGCUCAGCGAUUGAAUCAUAAAGUUUCUGACAUUGUUAUCAACUAUGCAGGAGGACUUCAUCAUGCCAAAAAAGCUGAAGCAAGCGGGUUUUGUUAUGUGAACGAUAUCGUUAUCGCCAUAUUGGAAUUGCUCAAAUACCACAAGCGGGUACUUUAUGUGGACAUUGACAUUCAUCAUGGAGACGGAGUGCAGGAAGCGUUUUACUUCACAGAUCGGGUGAUGACAGUUUCAUUUCACAAAUAUGGAAGUCUGUUCUUUCCUGGAACAGGAAGUAUUUAUGAUCAGGGGUUGGGCGCUGGACAUUACUUUGCUGUGAAUGUGCCUUUACAACAGGGCAUUGAUGAUGAUGACUAUCUUUCCGUCUUUCGCCCAAUCAUAGGGCAAGUGGUGGAAAGCUUCCAACCGGAGGCUAUAGUCUUGCAGUGCGGAGCAGAUUCUCUUGGCUGUGAUCGACUCGGUUGUUUCAAUCUAUCAUUCGACGGUCACGCUGAGUGCGUUCGAUUCAUCAGAAGUCUUGGGAUCCCCAUGCUCGUUGUUGGCGGCGGAGGAUACACGUUGCGCAAUGUCGCUCGUUGUUGGGCUAAUGAAACUGGCGUGCUUGUGGAUGUGGAUCUGCCUAAUGAAAUCCCUGAAAAUGCAGAAUAUCUACCGUUUUUCGAGCCAGAGUUUACACUGCGACCUGACCUACCCAAGCGUGCUGACAAUCAUAAUACGAAGGAAUUCCUUGCUGCUCUUCGACAAGAAAUAAUUGAGAACCUACGACAAGUAAAAGGCGCUCCUUCUGUCCAGAUGAUGCCAAUCCCUGAAGACAUGUUAGAUAACGACGUAGCUCUGUAUGAGCCUGAGUUGGGCGAUGAGGAGAGGGGCAAGGAUCAUGAAGAAACGAACACAACAUACUCCGGGAUGGAAUCAUAGCCAUAGUUUCAUACUAGUGUCGUAAAUGUGCAUCAUCUCAACACUAUAUGAUUUUGUUCUCAAGCAUCUAAUCGGGUAUUCUCCUUCAACAUAGUGAUCUGAUCAUAUUAUUUGGAAAUUGACAUGUUUUAAUAACUGAA